AUGAAGUCUCCCAUCCCCGACUACCUGGCGCGCUUGCUGGAGAAUGUCGGCCCGCUCGACUCGGGCGAGCCGGCCAGCUACAUCGAUGUGCUCGCCACAGCCGACACGUCGCGGUCGGCCGUGGCGCUUGCGACGGUGGACGGCAGCGUGUACUCGGUGGGCGACGACGCCGUCGAGUUCUCCAUCCAGUCCAUCUCCAAGCCCUUUGUGUACGCACUCGCCAUCCAGGACCAGGGCCUGGACGCCGUGCUGGACAAGGUCGGGGUGGAGCCCUCGGGCGAUGCGUUCAAUCGGCUGUCGCUGGAGGCCGGCACGAACCGGCCCAUGAACCCCAUGAUCAACGCCGGGGCGGUGGCGACGCACGCGCUGGUGGUCGCGGCCGACGCGACCGUCGAGCAGCGCGUGGACCGCAUCGUGCAGGCGCUCUCGAAGCUGGCGGGCCGCCCGCUGCACGUCGACGAGGCCGUGUACGAGGCGGAGCUCAAGGACGCCAACCGCAACAUGGGCAUCGGCUACAUGCUGAAGGCGGCCGGCAUGAUUGGCUGCGACCCGCAGGACGCCGUCCGAGGCUACAUCCGCCAGUGCUCCAUCAACGUCAACGUGCGCGACCUGGCCAUGAUGGCGGGCACGCUGGCCAACGCCGGCGUGCAUCCGCUGACGGGCGAGCGCAUCAUGCCGCAGGACAGCGUGCGCCAGGUGCUGUCGGUCAUGACCACGUGCGGCAUGUACAACUCGUCGGGCGACUGGCUCUCCAACGUCGGCAUCCCGGCCAAGAGCGGCGUCUCCGGCGGCAUCAUUGGCGCGCUCCCCGGCCAGCUGGGCCUGGCCGUCUUCUCGCCGCGCCUGGACGAGCGGGGCAACAGCGUGCGCGGCGUGGCCAUGUGCAAGCAGCUGUCGCACGACAUGGGCUUCCACAUGAUGGACAUGAGCCAGAUCGGCCGGGCCAGCGUGCGCUCAUGGACGACGACGGUGGCCGGCGGCGCCAACCAGCCGCACGCCGGCCAGCAGCAGGUGGCCGUGUUUGAGCUGCGCGGCGCCGUGCGUUUUGCGGGCGCCGAGCGGCUGACGCGGGCCAUUAUGAAGGAGAUCGUGCAGUCCCGCGAGGAGAGUGGCGACCAAGGCCUGGGCGAGGAAAGCGCGCAUGCACACAUCUGUGCCGCCCUCUUUUCCUUCCGCAACACGUACUCUCUCAACGACGUGGCCCGGCGGCUCAUCCACGAAAACAUCCGCCGGCUGGCUAGCACGACCAACGUCAUCAUUGUCGACCCGGCCGGGGUGCUUCAAAUGGCCUCGCACAUGGACGUGGGCUCCCACCAUGUCCAUGUGGUGAAGACAGAGGCCGAGGCAUACCACCGCAUAGGCGGCAUCGGAUGCCGUGUUGUAGCACAGAAAACCAUUUUAUAG